AUGUCCUCUUCUAUAUUGGGUAUAAUUGGUUCACGAAAGUCGUUAGGUAUACUGACGGUUGGACUAGGAAGAUCAGUCUCAUUACCGUGUACCUUCCUGUUGAAACGUUCAGAAGCUUUCGGAGUAAGCUUACACAGAUAUGUACAUAGUACCCAAACGAAGAGCCAUUUAAUAUUUUUAAUGAAGAAUAAUGAUAUGACGCCUUUCCAGCGAUUCACAGUAAAAGUACUUAAAGAGCAGUGCAAAUCGAGAGGCUUAAAAAUAUCUGGUCGAAAAUCCGACCUAUUACAAAGGCUUAUCACGUACGAUUCCUAUUCACAUACGAAAAGAAGCAUAAAGGUAGAUGGAGGCAGAAAAGACACAUUAAUAAAUGAACGAAUCAAAAUUGAUCGAUCAUUACUUCCUGAAAAAAUGUCAAAAACCAUUGAAAAGAAGUAUUCUUCAGUGCAGAAAUUACCGGAUGUUCAACCCCCCUAUGAAGUUCAUUUACACUUACAACCACGGGAUAGAAUAUUUUUGAUAGGAUUUUUUAUGUUAUCAUGCAUUUGGUGGAACCUCGAAACCCAGGAAUCUGAACCUACCAUUAGCCGUUAG